AUGGGUGUGGGUAUCCUUAUUGUGACCCCCGCUCCUUAUGCCCCCGAAAGGGAGAGGAAGAAAGAAACCCCCAACAAGGGGGAAUCCCGCUGGGACCGACGGUUCCACAUCCCUCCUCCAGGGGGCGCCUUCUGGCAGUCCCUCUCAGCAGCCCAUUUCCUCCUCCAGGAGAAGCACGAGUGCCAUUUCUUCAACGGGACGCAGCAGGUGCGGUUCCUGCACAGGUACAUCUCCGACCGGCAGGAGAUGGACUACUACGACAGCGACCUCGGGAAAUUCGUGGCCGUCACUCCGUUGGGGCAGCCCGAUGUGGACAAGUGGAACAGCGAUAAGGCCGUCAUGCAGUACCAGAAGGCCUACGUGGAUCGCUUCUGCCGACACAACUACGAGGGUCUCCGGAGAAAUUCCGUGGUUGGCCGGAGAGCCAAGCCCACCGUCUCCAUCUCCACCACCAAGCUGGAUCCCGCUUCCCCCUACACCAUCCUCCUCUGCACUGCGAGGGGCUUCUACCCCGUGGAGAUCGAGGUCCGGUGGCUGAAGAACGGGCGGCUGGAAGAGGAGGGCGUGGCCUUUGGGGAGGAGCUCCAGAAUGGAGACUGGACCUACCAGGUGCAGGUGAUGCUGGAGACCCAGCCCCAGCGGGGGGAUGUCUACGCCUGCCAGGUGGAGCAUGCCAGCUUGGAGGCCCCCAUCACCGUCCAAUGGGAGCCCCGUUCCUCCAACUCUGCCAAGAGCAAACUCUGGACGGGGAUUGUUGCAGCUAUGAUCGGGGUGAUCUUCUUCACCAUGGGGCUCUCCCUCUACCUGAAGAGCAAGAAAGGUGAAUCUAUGGGGCUGGAUGAGAG